AUGACAGGCGAGAAGAAAGUCUCAGUAAUCAAUGGCAAACCAGAGGACGCCCUGGACUUCGAGUCAGCCAAUGACAAGAAGCCGGUCAACGAGAGGGGCCACUGGAACAACAAGAUUGAGUUUGUCCUGUCGGUGGCCGGAGAGAUCAUAGGGCUGGGAAACGUGUGGCGCUUCCCCUACCUGUGUUACAAGAAUGGAGGAGGUGCGUUCUUCGUACCAUAUAUAAUCUUCUUUAUAUGCUGUGGUAUCCCGGUGUUCUUCCUGGAGACAGCUCUGGGGCAGUUCACCAGCGAAGGAGGCAUCACAUGUUGGAGGAAAUGCUGCCCGCUCUUUGAAGGUAUUGGCUAUGCGACCCAGGUGAUCGUGGCCCAUUUGAAUGUGUAUUAUGUGGUUAUCCUGUCCUGGGCUAUCUUCUACCUGUUCAACUGCUUUACCACGGAGCUACCCUGGGCCUCGUGUGAUCACUACUGGAACACAGAGAACUGUGUGGAUUUCCAGAGGAAUGGCACCAAUUUCACCUUCAACCCCAACGCCACCUCACCUGUCGUAGAGUUCUGGGAGUGA